UAUGUGUAGAAGGGCAUACUAGUUGUACAAGGAGAUCUAACUAAGCUCUAAACUGAUAUUAGAUAGCAUCAAUGAUUGUAUUUGGUGGCUUUUAAGUAAUGCCAUUAUUUCUAGAUCUGAAUUUGAGAAGAAGAAAAAAAAAUUUAAAAGUUCAUCUCCUACAACUGAAUAAAUAAAAAACUCUAUCAAUUUAAUAACUAAUUAAGAUAAAGGUGGAUAAAGAAAAAUUUCUUCUCCAGUUGGAAGAAAGCAAUAAUAAGCAUAGCUAAUAGGCAAAUAGCCAUGUGCAAGAGAUGGUCAUUCAGUAAUAAUUGCUGGAGAAUGUAUGAUUGUAUUUGGAGGAGAUCGUAAUUUAAUGUCAUUUAAUGACUUAUAUAUGUAUUAGUUCAGCAUGGUUAAUAAGCCAACCAAAUGA